AUGGCUAUUUUCACAUAUGAAUCUGAGGUUAUUACAGCAAUCCCACCGGCAAAGAUGUUCAAGGCCAACCUUAUACCGAAGAUUGUUCCUCAGGCUUUUAAGAGCGUUGAGUACAUUGAAGGCAAUGGUGAGCCUGGUAGCACCAAGAAGGUCACCUUUGGAGAAGAAAGCCAAUUCAAUUACAUGAAGCAGAAGGUUGAAGCACUAGACAAAGAAAAUUGUGUGUAUAUUUACAGUGUUAUCGAAGGUGAUGCAUUGAUGAACAAGCUUGAAAAAAUCACUUAUGAGACGAAGUUAGAGGACUCUCUAGCUGGGGGAUCCAUAAGCAAGACUACUUGUAAGUAUUACACCGUAGGUGACUUUGAGCUCAAGGAAGAGGGAAUCAAAGCAGGUAAAGAAAAGGCAUUGAGAAUAUUCAAGGCCAUUGAAGUCCAUCUCCUGGCAAAUUCUGAUGCUUACUAA